AUGGGGGAGGUGAUUUCUGAUUCUCAGCAAGCUUUCGUCCAAGGAAGACAGAUUCUGGACGCCGUUCUUAUUGCUAACGAAACCCUUGAUUCUAGAUUGAAAGACAACAAGUCGGGUCUCCUUCUUAAGAUGGACAUCGAGAAAGCUUUUGACCAUGUCAAUUGGGACUUUCUCAUGGAGGUAAUGUUCAAGAUGGGAUUUGGGCAUAGAUGGAUUAAUUGGAUGAGAUGGUGCUGCUCUACGGCAACCUUCUCGAUCCUCAUCAAUGGGAGACCUUCGAGCUUCUUUCGUAGCUCUAGGGGAUUGAGACAGGGGGACCCCCCUUUCCCCAUAUCUGUUCCUUUUCGCCAUGGAAGUCCUUAG